GAGUAGAGGAAAUAGGAGAAAAGUGGCCUGGAGACCAGGAGAAAUGUUGGGGUGUAUGCAAGGAGACGGAUAGUCACAAAGGUCACAGAAAUUUGGCUGUUUCUGACUCAGCUUGACCUAAGGGCCUGUCAGUCAGCCCCAUGCCAACAAAUUCCCAUCGUGUGAGACUUCCUUGAACCUUGAAUAGGCUUUAUGUCCUCGCAGUGGCCUGGAAGGCCAUUUCCCAGACUUCCAUCACCACCAUGGCCCCCACUGUCCCAGACACGACAGAGACCUACACACGGACCCAGUACUGUAAGUGGCCGUGCGAGUGCCCCAAGUCCCCACCGCGGUGCUCCGUGGGCGUCAGCCUGGUCAUGGACGGCUGUGACUGCUGCAAGACCUGUGCCAGGCAGCGUGGAGAGACCUGCACAGAGGCUGACACCUGUGAUUUCCACAGGGGCUUGUACUGUGACUACAGCGGAGACAGACCUAGGUACGAAAUAGGAGUAUGUGCACAAAUUGUUGGUGUAGGAUGUGUCCUCAAUGGAGUCAGGUAUAAGAAUGGGGAAGCGUUUCAGCCCAACUGCAAAUACAACUGCACGUGCAUUAACGGGGCUGUGGGCUGUAUUCCCAUGUGCACAAACUCACGUCCUCCCCUUGUCUGGUGCCCAAACCCAAAGCUGAUUAAGAUGGCAGGGAAGUGCUGCGAGCAGUGGGUUUGUGAUGACUCCAGAAAAAUCAGGAAGACGUCUCCACGUCACAUCUCCUCUGCAGCCUAUGAGGGAGAGGAUGAAGCCUGGCAGAAGAACUGCAUCGUUCACACCUCACCCUGGAGUCCCUGCUCAAAGACCUGUGGGCUGGGCAUCUCCACCAGGAUUUCCAACGACAACGACCAGUGCCGGCUCCUGAAGGAAAGCCGCCUGUGCAACAUGAGGCCCUGUGAGGUGGAUAUAACCCAGCACAUCAAGCCUGGAAAGAAGUGUUUGGCUGUCUACAGGGCCAAUGAACCCAUGAACUACACCAUCUCAGGAUGUGUGAGCAAAAGUCCAUAUAGACCCAAAUAUUGCGGCGUCUGCACAGACAACAGGUGCUGCACACCCUACAAGUCCAAGACUAUUGAAGUGAGGUUUCAGUGCCCAGAUGGAACUGAGUUUUCCUGGAAAAUCAUGUGGAUCAAUGCUUGUUUUUGCAACCUGAACUGCAGGAACCCCAAUGACAUCUUUGCCGACUUGGCUCAUUACCAUGAUUACUCUGAAAUCGCUAAUUAAAUUGGCUGAAUGCUUGAAUUGACCCAUUGCUCUGAUUUUACAGAGGUUUUAAAAUAAAAGGAGAAUUUUCAUCCA